UCUCAUCUAUGCUCUCAUCCAAACAGGAAACAAGAGGAAGUGGGGAGAGAAGAUUGAAGAAGAAGAAGGGGGAUUAAUCAGCGGCCACAAGGUGCAACGUUUGUUCUCCAAAGCCCGGUAAUCUACGGCCCUUAUUAAACGAUCAAGAUCGCGACUGAGAUUCGUCUUCUUUGUUUAAAACCUAGAAGAAGGAGAAGAGGAAGACGAAGAGGAAGAAGAAGAGCAAUCAGAUUCGAAAGCGUUUUUUGGUUUGCUUUGGCCAGAUUAUGAAGGAUUUUGAUAUUGUUAGGGGCCGGAGUCUCUUCGUUGUUGAUCGAUUCGAUUCGUUUUGACCGUGACGGCGAUUGUUGGAAAAUUGAAAGAACAGGCGUGGUAGGCGGAAAAGUCAUCAGGAAUUUGUUUCCUUUGGUGGGUUUGAAGAAAAGUUUGUCACAUAUUCUAGAAAGAUCGAGGAAACUAAAUCAUUUCUCAUUUUGUGCUUGCACUGGGGGUGUACCCACCACUCUGGUGCAAAGUGGAAAGCAAGUAACAGCAGCAUCUUGCAGAACCUGUGGCGGCAGGCAAACAGUUGAUGGGAUUUGGUCUCUCUGCUAAAGCAUGAUGAAUACAGUACGUGUAGAACUUACGGAAGCUAUUAGUACUAACUUGAAUUGGAAGAUUUCUAAGGGUUAUCGGAGUGCACCAAGGCGGUCAAGGAAACUGGUUGAUAGAAGCCAAAAAUUGGGUGUAGAGCUAGCAGAGAAAAGUGCUAGAAGUCCAUCAGAAACAACCGUUUCUGAAUCAGAGAAGCUUGGUGUGGCUGUACUUGGGAGACGGUUCGGUGACAAAAUUGAGCAUGUACCCAUUAAGAAAAGGAGAUUUAUGGUCCGGUCUCCAUCACCCCCGCCUCACCUAUCUUCUACACACCUUGAAGACAACCAACCACCACUGGAUGGGCGACGUGCUUCAGGUCAGAAGUCUUGUCCAAAAUCAAUUGUCAAAAAGCAUCCCACAAGGAGUGAUGCUUCUACGCUGACUAGGUUGUGUCAUAGUGUUGCUGAUAGUGGUGUUAAUGAGAACUUAAAUGAGGUGACAAAUCAAAAACCUGGUGGUGGGGAGGACUUCUCUGGUAUUGAGAUAUUGGCAGCUGCUGCCUGCAACAACAGCAUAAAUGAUUAUAUGAAUCCUGUUGAGGGUAAUUCAGUAGGUGAAGAUUUAUCACAGGAUGGAAAAGAUGCGUCAACUUCUGCAAGGCCCUCAGAGCAAACUUUUGUUUCAACUUCUUCAACAGAGAUGGGAACUGCUUCAGAAUUUUCAGAAGCAAGAGAUGCAUCAGUCUCUGCAAUCUUGGAAGAGAGUGUUGCAUCACUGGAAACAGUACAUUCGUCCAUUAAAGAUAUACCACAAGAAGAUAAGAUAGAGAGCUCCAGUUUUGAGGCUAAUGGGGUCAGAAUUAAUCCUAGCGAAGGACACGACGAAGCAGUAGCAAGAUCCAUUUCCUCGAAAGAUGUUAGGUUGCACUGGGACCUAAAUGUUACUAUGGAUGCUUGGGACGAACCUUGUGAUAUGGUGAUUGGUGACCCUCAAACAACUGCAGUAGAUGAUAUCUCAAUGAAUAAUAAGCAGGGUUCAGAAGCUCUUGAGAUACUGGGGGUUGAAGAUGCUAAAAAUGACAUUGCAAGCACAUUGCAGCCCCUGGCUGACAAUGAUGAACAGGGAUUGAAAGUGUGUACUGGAAUGGGUGCAAAGGCCUCCUCUCAGGAUGCCAGUGUGGAUGCAUGUGUUGAUCAUUCUCCUUGCGAUGACAUCAUGGUCACAGGCCCUGUCUCUGAGGAAACCAAUAAAACACCACCUCCCAUCUUAGCUGUUAAGCAUAUGACAGAAGAUACUGCUCCUGGUGUACAACUGGGUGUAACUGUCUGUUCGGAAAGUGUAAAGGUUGAAAACCCUGCUAUAGCUUGUGUGCCAGAGGGGGCUUCCUGUGAGAUUGAAAGCACUGUUCUAGAUGACGAUGGUAAGGGCUCUGGUGCAACAUCUAGCUUCCAUGAUGAUCCAAAAUCCCCUGAAGAGAUGAUGGGAGUAGAAAGUUGUCAUUCACUCGCACCUGUGGUCCUUGAAGUCAAGCCUGUAGCUAAAACAGAGGAUAUGGCUGCUGACAUUUCCAAACUUGAUUGUGAUGAUAAAUCUGCGUCAGGUGCAUCUAUUGGAGAAGGCCUAUCUCUGGUGACUUUAACUGCAAAAGAACCAGUUGAAGUUAUCUCUGAGACUCAUACUGUUGAUUCUCUACCAAAGGCUGCAGCUGGAUCCUCCUCUGGUGAGCAAUGCCACUAUGGUGAAGGUACCACAUGUAGCUUGGGUAGAGUCACUACAGAAGAUCCUUCCAAUGACAACUAUGACUUGGAUGUUUGUCAAGAUGAUAAGGAUCACAUGGUUGGCAAGGAAAAAACUAUGGAACAUGAAGCUGGUUAUGAAUCUCAGUAUGAAGAUGGGGAGUUGAGGGAAUCAGAUGUACCAUAUUGGGAGGAGAAUGAAUUUGAGGAUGAAGAAGCUGAAUGUGUUGACUAUGGUUCUGAUACAUGUGACAGUGAUGCUGCUCAUGACUCUAUAUCAGGGAAAGUUGGAAUGGGACUUGAAUGCAGAGAAACAGAAGUAUUUGGGUCAGAGUCUAGGGAAAUUAACAGGAAUGCGAAGGUUGUGAGAGGUUUGAGUCCAGGAUCUGAUAAUAUGUGUGAAAAAAAUGAACAUUCUUUGAGACAAUGUUCCAUGGGUUCGAAGACAAAAACUUCUGGAUCUGAUCAAUUGCCUGGUGAUUCUGAAGCUUCUUCAAACAGAACUGCAGAAGCAACUGAGGGCUGCACAGGAAGGAGACAUGCCGCUAAUUACUUAGAUGGCCUUGGUGGCAAGUAUUCUCCUGCCGAAGUGGGUGGAUCAGUGGCAUCCAACACUCUAAAUAGGAUGGGUCCUGUAUGUGCAAGGAGGAGGUUGCACAACUUUGAUAUGUCUUUUCGCUCUGAAGAGGCUGGUUCUGAUCAGUCCAUGGGAAAGGAAAAAUCUGAUUCGCGUAUGCAUGGUAAAAUCUCUGGAGGUGCACAUUUGGUUAAUCCUUCAGGGGGUUAUUGGGAUUCCAAACGCCGCGAAUCUCCCAGUUAUCAUGGUUCCUUUGGUUCUGGCCGCCCUAGACCAAAAAGUGUUGUUGAGAGCCAUGGUUUUGAAAUGGAUCCAGAUGAUACAUUUUCAGAAGCAGCAGGAGUUCACAACCGUGUUCGCAGGCAAGCUAUAAGUUUUUCCUCAAAUCGCCUGUAUCAGCCCCCACUUAGAAGAAGAUCGCCAGUUGAGAGAAAUGACACACAUAAUAUGCAUAGGGGAGUGAUACCUAUGAGAGAUACAAGUCCCGAUAGGCGGAGGUUUAGAAGAUACCCACAAGGGGUUAGUAGAGGCAUCCGAGAGGAGUACCACAGGCCGAUGCCCGAUGAUCCCAACGAAUGUUCUUAUAAUGUGCCACGCCGAAUGGCCAGGAGAGAGCAAAGCACUUCACCUCCUGGCAGAGGACCUAUAUGUUAUGGUAGACCCUACAAGAAGUUCCAGUCUAGAUGCAGAAGUCGUUCUCCUCUUUCAUGGGGUUUACCAAGAGAACGGAAUGAUGUUUCAAGACAUCGUGGCAGCAGGUCUCCUGAUUAUAGGCUGGAUUCUAAAAUGGAUAAGCCAAGAGUGCCCUUUCAGAAGCACAGUUUUGGAGCAAAGUACGAAGUAGGAGGGUUCAUGUCCCCACCAAAACGUCGGUUUUCUCCACAACAGAAUUCCAGAUGGUUUGAUGAUUCAAAUAGUGGUGUAGACCAUAAUUUCAGGGGUAGGAGAUUAGCUGGAAGGCGGUUCCAGCAGGGACAGAGGAUUGAUUCAGUGCGUUCGUCUCGGAGAUUAAGUUCGGAUGAUUACUUUGAACCCAUGAGUCGGCCUGCAAGAUUCUCUGAGUUGGCCAGUGGUGGUGGCAGGGAAUGUAGAUAUGAGGGCAGUGAUGAUGAUAGAAGAAAACAUGAUGGAAGAUUUGAGAUCAUUCAUCGUGUGAGGCGUUAUGAUUCAGAUGGUGUUGUCCGUCAGUUCCGUUAUGAUGAAGAAGAUCGUUUUGCAUCUCGCAACACACACAACUACGAUGACUGCGACAAUAGAGCUGCCGAUAGACGGCCUCGUGAUGCUUACGUAGGAGAGAUAGCUAAGAGAAGGGUAAAUUAAGGUUCCAAUGUUGACUAGGAGCAUUAAACUCCAGCCCCUGCUCCGACUCAAUUCAUUUAGACUGCAAGAUGCAUAAUUUGAGAGGAAAAUCUUCAUCACCUUUGCCUCUGCAGGCAUUUUCAUCAAAUCGAUGUGUUAGUUCUCUGGCAGAUAGGAGUUCUUCCCAAUUUUUACUUUUUCAUUUUCUUUCUUACUGUGAUAGUUAAGUCCAAAUAUUCGUAUUCUUCCCGGCGUCUGGCACUGCUUGUGGAAGCUACCCUUACCAUUCUGAUUGCGGCUAGGCAAAAUUUUUUUUAGGAAGGGCCUAAUGUUGCUUUGUUCAUCUUGAAUUUUGUUUUUAUUUACCUUAGGUAAUUUUAAUGAUUAGUGAAGAAUGGCAAGCUUUUUAGUUUAAGGCU